GUUGGAGACGUGAGACCCCUCAUCGAGGUGGAGUUCAGCAUUGUUGAAUCUCCACCUUUGGCCAAAGACGAGGAUGAUCUUUCCAAGUUUUUGGAUCUAGAGUUCAUUCUGUCUAACUAUGUCACGUCUGACAACGACAACUCAGCGCAGCAGCCGCCCGCCUAUUCUCUACCGGAGUCCCCAGAAAGUUGCAGCACCGUGUACGACAGCGAUGGAUGUCACCCGACGCCGAACGCGUAUUGUGGCAACACCUUUAACGCGCGUCCCGGUCACAGUCUGGUAGCCGAGUUGUUUACUCCGGACGUGAAUUAUCACGGCGACUCGCAUGAAUAUAUUUUAAAAGGGCAUUUAGACAGGCUGGAGUACACUGAACUAAGGGCUCUGAACUCUCGAAACCAGGCACAUGUAUCCAAUUCUAAUAACGUGGGAUACAAAAUAAAAAGUGAAAACCACGAGCAAUCCUGCAUGAUGGUAAACGACUACGUGGGCCAUUAUUAUGGACAGCAGCAGCACCAGGCUUAUGGGCAUCACGUGCAACAAGAUGUGCCUCGGGACAUUUUAGCGAGGAAAGACUGCAUCCUAACAGAGAUGAACUCUCACCAUCAUAUUGACAUUGCACAUCAACAGCAGUUCAUGAAUGGCGCGCCUUUUCUACCUCAGUACGCCCAGCAUCAGCAGUAUCACGGACAUUAUAACAUGUUUAGCGAACCAUUGCGGGCAAAUCACCCGGCCAUGCCAGGUGUGAUGCUGACUCCACCAUCCUCACCCCUCCUGGGAUUUUUAAACCCAGAAGACAGCAAGCCAAAACGAGGGCGUCGGUCAUGGGCACGAAAGCGGACAGCGACGCACAGCUGCGAGUUCCCCGGAUGUGGGAAAACGUACACGAAAAGCUCCCAU